AUGUCAGGUUCAAAUGGGACUAAAUUUCACCCAUCUUUUUUCGUCUUGCUGGGAGUUCCAGGCCUUGAAAGGAUGCAUUUGUGGAUUGGUUUUCCUUUUGGCUUUGUGUAUUUGAUCGCCUUGGUUGGGAACAUCAUUAUCUUGUUUGUGAUCAAGAAUGAACACAGUCUUCAUCAGCCCAUGUUUUACUUCUUGGCAAUGCUGAGCUCCAUUGAUCUAGGCCUAUCCACAUCCACAAUUCCCAAGAUGCUGGGCAUUUUUUGGUUUAAUUUACGGGAAAUUAGCUUUGGGGGAUGUGUGACCCAGAUGUUCUUCAUUCACAUAUUCACUGCAAUGGAGACUGUUGUGCUGGUCGCCAUGGCUUUUGACCGCUAUGUUGCCAUCUGCAAUCCUCUGCGGUACAGUCAGAUUCUCACGAACAGAACAAUAGGACUCAUCCUGGUGGUGGUAUUUGGAGUAAAUUUCAUUUUGGUUAUUCCUCUAGUGUUUCUCAUUUUGAGGCUUCCUUUCUGUGGUCACCAUAUAAUACCUCAUACCUACUGUGAACACAUGGGGAUUGCUCGUCUGGCCUGUGCCAACAUAAAGGUAAACAUGAUAUUUGGGUUGAUCCUUAUAUCAAUGGUGUUUGCCGACGUGCUUCUAAUUGCCAUCUCCUACAUUCUUAUCCUACGAGCUGUCUUUUCCCUUCCAUCCCGGGAUGCCAGGCUCAAAGCACUUAACACAUGUGGUUCCCACAUCUGUGUCAUCCUGGCCUUCUUCACUCCAGCUUUUUUUUCCUUUAUGACACACAGGUUUGGUAGGAAUGUUCCUGCAUACAUUCAUAUUCUCCUGGCUAAUCUAUAUGUCGUUGUUCCCCCUGCCCUGAAUCCUGUCAUCUACGGGGUAAGGACUAAGCAGAUUCGGGAGCAAGUUUUAAGCAUCUUUUGGAAGAAAAGUUGA